CGCCUUCGCCGCCGUCGUCAACGAGAGACGGAGGUGCCGCAGAUUUUCUCAGGGAACACUAACGAACAGUUUUUUGAAGAAAAAAAACAUGGAGGUCAGAGAAAAGGCCAAAAUCGUAAUUACCGUAGCUUCUCUGGUGGCGGUGACAGUUCUGUUCGUGGCGGAGUAUCGCCGCCGCCACAGGAAGAAGCAGACAUCUUCUUCUCUAAGCUCGUGUUAUCUGCAUUCUGAGCUGAAGUCGCAGUUUGGUUUCAAACGUGUUUUUGCUGAUAACUCUUAUUCUGGAUUCAAACACUUGAAGCUCGAUGAUUCUUCUUCUUCCUUAGAGAAAUCUUCAAAUGGUCAUCCAUAUGAAAAUGAGAUCACUGUUUUGUUAGAGAAUCCUAAGAUUGAAUUUGGAUUUUUGAGAGGAGAGUAUUCAUUGGAAUUGAGUGAUUCAUAUGUGUGGGUUGAGACGGAGUUGCAGUUACAAGAACUUGCAGAAAUAUUGGCAAAAGAAAGAGUUUUUGCGGUUGAUACUGAGCAACAUAGUUUGCGGUCGUUUCUUGGUUUCACUGCUCUAAUUCAGAUUUCUACACAUGAGAAAGACUUUUUGGUAGACACAAUUGCGUUGCAUGAUGUAAUGAGUAUUCUGCGUCCUGUUUUCUCUGAUCCUAAUAUUUGCAAGGUGUUUCACGGGGCUGACAACGAUGUUCUCUGGCUUCAGAGAGACUUCCAUAUAUAUGUUGUUAAUAUGUUUGAUACUGCCAAGGCAUGUGAGGUGUUGUCAAAGCCUCAACGGUCACUGGCAUACUUACUUGAGACAGUAUGUGGAGUGGCUACUAACAAAUUGCUGCAGCGUGAAGAUUGGAGACAACGUCCUCUGUCCAAAGAGAUGGUGCAAUAUGCUAGAACAGAUGCACACUAUCUGCUCUAUAUUGCAGAUAGUUUGACUGCUGAACUCAAACAACUAGCCACUGAAGAUUCAUCCAGCCCCAAUGACAGAUUCCACUUUCUUCUCGAGGCUAGUAGGCGGUCAAACAUGACCUGUUUGCAAUUGUACAUGAAAGAAACCGAAGAUUUUCCUGGGAGUGCUGCUGCUUCCUCGAUAAUUUAUCGGCAUUUAAACGGACACGGAGAUAAUUCUACCGUCUACUUGAACGCAGAAGAGCUUGUUAGGAAACUUUGUGCAUGGAGAGAUUUAAUGGCACGAAUUCAUGAUGAAAGUACUCGAUAUGUGUUAUCUGACCAAGCUAUAGUUGCCCUUGCUUGUAAGCAACCAACUACAACCGAAGAGAUAUAUGACACAAUAGCUCAUACUGAUUUGGCUACAGAGUCUUCUCCGAGCUCGAGUUCCUCAGUUCAGUCUCCAUAUCCUGUUAUUUGUAGUCAUUUGGAUGACAUAUAUGAAAUGAUUCUGGAAAAGUUGGCUAAGCUGGAUGAUAUCUUACCGGUGGUUCUUACGAAAUGCUUGGGCACAAAUGGAACAUGUCCAAUCUCUGUCUUCAACUAUUCCCUUUUGGUAAACUUCAAGACAAAGCUAAGUGGCCACUCUGCUCCCAAGCAAAAUGGACAUAGGAACUUCAAGCAGCAAUUCACUCGGAAGGCAUCGCGAGAGCUUUUUGUCAAGAAAUUUUCCUGCAAGGCUCCCGUUUAUCAUAACUGUAGAAUAUACGCAAAUGAUGGACGGUUGCUAUGUUAUUGCGAUAAAAGAAAACUUGAAUGGUAUCUGAAUCGUGGACUUGCGAAGCUAGUUGAAGAGAAUCCACCUGCGAUAAUGCUUUUGUUUGAGCCCAAAGGACGUCCAGAAGAUGAGGGAAAUGAUUUUUAUAUCCAGACCAAGAGGAAUAUAUGUGUUGGGUGUGGGGAAGGGAAGCAUUAUCUCCGUUACCGGAUAAUACCGUCGUGCUAUAGAGUUCAUUUUCCCGAGCACCUAAAAAGUCAUAGAUCUCAUGACAUUGUUCUUCUUUGUGUGGAUUGUCAUGAAGUUGCACAUGCUGCUGCAGAGAGGUACAAGAAAAAAAUCGCUACGGAAUUUGGAAUUCCUCUUUUUGUUCGUAGAGUACUCGAUUCAAAAGAAGCACAAGGGACGUCUUCUUUAGUGGAGGAUGAAUCAACGGGUAACUCUGAGGAUGCAGGUGUCUCUCCAUUACAUCUUAGAUCAGCUGCAAUGGCGCUCUUGCGACAUGGGAAUAGAAUGCCAUCAAGUCGCCGUGAGGAAUUGUUGCAGACUGUCAAGAUGUAUUACGGUGGACGAGACAUAUCUGAAGAAGAUUUGGAAAAAGCUCUACUCAUCGGAUUGAGCCCUCACGAAAGAAGAAAACUCGAAAGAAAGAAAGGAGUCUCCGUCAAACAUUCUGCAGAGGUUGCUGGUAUGGACAAACAAGAAGAUGCAAACAAUUUUGAAUCUUUAGAUGAAAAAAAUGAUGGGGAGGCUCCUACAGAUUCUGAGAAAAUUAUGAAUGUGGAAAGGAGCACAGUUGCUGAUGAUAGUGGUGAUGGUACAAGUGAAGGAGAUGGAGCUACAGAGCUAAAUGAUACUCAAUGUAAUGGGAAUAUGUUGCACCAACAAAACUCCAAACUCUCUUUGUUAGGACAUGGACCGCACGGGAAACAGAUUGUAGAAUAUCUUUUAAGGGAACAUGGAGAGGAUGGUGUACGUGAUUUCUGUCAAAGGUGGAGAAAAGUGUUUGUUGAUGCUGUUCAUCCCCGCCAUUUACCUGGUGGUUGGAAUGUUAGUCACAGUGGCCGAAGAGACUUUGGAGAAUUCAGCGUUUACAAUCCCACAAAGAGACUCUCCACCGAGUAGCUUUGUCUGUUUCUGUUUCACCUCUAUUGUUUCACCAAUUUUGGAUUGUCAUCAUCUAAGAAACGAGUUUGGAUUGGUUAAUUUGUAGUCCCCCAACCGCAUCAGUGGUUUGUUGUUGUAUUGUUCUGUAGACCUCUGUACUUUGGUUUAGUCAAAAGUCUGAAUCUUUUA